AGGGGCGUGGCUGGAGGUUGUUUUUGAACUAGGCAAUGGUGUCGAAUAAAUGACAGAAUUGGUAGAUAAGAAGUAGGAUUAGAUCAUGAACAUCCUCAAUGAGCACCAUGCACACGAAUGCGCCGAUCUAUACACUGAAUGGAUAGAACAUGCAAGUUGUUGAAACUGUUCACUCCAUAUUUCUGGUUCACUCAUGUGGAAUACAUGAGUCUGCUGCAGCCUCAUGCUGCUGAUGCUCGCUUCCUGCGUAAACUAAGUCAUUUGCCUUUCAGCAGUAUAAAGUGGGCGUUGUAGUACUUUGUGUGCCGUUAUUGUUGUUCAGAAGUCGAGAAUGGUGCAACUAUCUAAAUCUGGAGUGAGAGAGAGUCCUGAAUUGAAGGCUGGCCAUCCUCCAGCAGUGAAGGCUGGGGGGAAACGAGUGGUCAAGAAAAGCUGUGAGGAGAGUCAUGCCACCCACCAUGUGAACCCAGAGAGGGAACACAAAGUUCCCAAACCCAGAUCUGCAGCCACCUCCAGCAGAAUGCAGCAAAUCAGUGUCUUGAUGUCAGGAACACUUGACAAGUUGGGACAUGACUUCCCAGAGACCCCAGUAAGUGUGAAGCACAGCAGACUCAGACCUGCUAUGGAGAAGGCACACUCGCCAGCUUUCAAGUCCAGCUUCUGCAUCCAGCAACCCAAAAAGUUCUGAAGCAGCGUGUUGAAGUUGCCCGAGGGGAAACGUGAAGUCGUCUGUGAAAGACCAACAGGAUGUGUUAGUUAUAUGCAUGAGGGGACCGACAUGAGAUAUCAGAAAAUACUUUAAUGUUUAACUUUCUUGAUUUAAUGUAGAAUCAAUUUGGCUUUUAAUUAGUUGCAAUUUGUGACUUUGCUACUUUUAGGUGAGAAAGUGGAGCUUUGCAGGGAUAUAGUGGGUUUUCAGCUUAUUCCAAACCAGCACUUACUGUGCCUUAAAAAAAAAAAUUAUGAAUGAGACAUCCUGUGAACUAAAGGCACAGAUGGUGGGCAUUUUUGAAAUGGUAUGUUGCAUAAGUGGGUAAAAGCUGGAUGACUGACUUUUGUCAUUGAAUGUUUUAAUAGUGAGAAGCUUGAAUAAUACAAAAAAACUGCAUGUCAUUAAACAUUUUGUCUUCUGUUUUUUUAUGGUUACUUCUAGAUUCCCAUGAUUAAAUAAAAUGCAAUUAAUGAA